GCAAUGCAUUAUUGAUACUAAUAAUUACGUUGACAUGCGCAUUUCUACUUGAGGAGCUAAUUUUACAACCCGAAGAAUUUGUAAAGAAGGGAAGAAAAUUGUGUUACUGUUUGUUCCCGAUGUUUGCACCAUGUCGAGGCGUAAGCAAGCUAAACCACAGCAAAUUAAUUCCGAUGAUCCCGGGUCGUCAGAAAAGGGGGUUCUACAAGAUGGUCAAACUGAAGAGGUUGGAAAUGAGGUGAAGAGGUUUCGAAUGGACACAGCGACGGUCUGCACCAAAUGCUGUGCUGAAUUUUUCAACGAGGCUGAAUUUCUCGAACAUCAGAAUAAUUGCACUAAAAGUCACGAGGCAGUCAUCGUGAAAGAUGGCGAGGGGAGAGAAGUACCAGAGGAGGUCUCACAAGGAGACUCCCCUGGUGACUUCCAGAAUGACCACGGGGACUGCCAGCCCAGAAGUAAUUGUCUAUCAAAGUCCAAUGCGGAGUCUAUGGAAAGGAUGGAUGACGAGGAAGAACCUAAAAUAAAUGGUGCGGAACAACCACCCAAACAAGACGAGGUAGAGAUGUCUGACAGUCCCAGGCCUGAAAUUAGUCACCAUCAGAGCCAGACCUCAUCCAAACUCCAAGAUUCAAAUGUCACCUUGGAGUCCAUGCCUGGCACCAAAGUGGCCGUCACUCAGCAUUCAUUGAACGUUGGUUUGAACAACCGCAGGUCUGCACAGACGUCCCAGGAGGCUUUGAAAGCCAUCCCCAUGAUCCUGGAACAGCUGGUGGCUCUUCAGCAGCAGCAGAUCCAACAGAUCCACCUGACUGAGCAGAUCCGUAUCCAGGUGGCCAUGAUGGCUCCACAGAGCCUCCACUCGGCCAAAGGGGCAGCAGUUGACCCUCUUAAAGCCCUAGGAGCUCACCUCUCCCAGCAGCUCUCUGCUGCAGCAGCCCUGAUCAGUAAGAGGACUAGCCGCCAGAGUCUCUCGAUAGAGUCUCUCAAACAGGGCAAACUACCCCAGUCCAACAGCAACCCCACCUCACUGGCUGGAGGACUGGGGCCAAUGCCCUCCAAAGCUGAUAUCUUGAAGGGGCUUCCAGACCUGGCCAACCGCCUACCAGUGUUACUGCCUCAAUCACCAGGCUCCAAGGCCUUUCAAAGUCCCUUCACUGGCCUCUCGUUAGGGAUGGAUCACUCUAAGAAAGUAAAGAGCAAGAUCCCAAACAUGCCGGAGUCUAAAAACGGGUCUGGUGGUGACAGCAUGUACAAGCACAAGUGUAAGUACUGUGGGAAAACCUUUGGGAACGACAGCGGGCUCCAGAUCCAUUUGCGCUCGCACACUGGAGAAAGACCAUUUAAAUGUAACAUCUGCGGAAACCGCUUCACAACCAAAGGAAACCUUAAAGUGCAUUUCCAGAGACACAAGGAGAAGUACCCUCACAUCAGGAUGAACCCACACCCUGUGCCAGAACACCUUGACAACAUUCCCACCAGCAGCGGCAUUCCGUAUGGCAUGUCAAUGCCAAUUGAAGAAUCCAACAUGGUGGACAUGAAGCCAAUGCUUGGCAUCCCGUCUCCAGGUUUCCACCCAUCAGCACUGCAGGGGUUCAAGCCUUCGUUUGAGGGUUUCAGGAGCGACCCGUUCUCCCAAAGACCGACAUCAUCAGGAAGUGAUGGAGCAUCAAUUUCCUCAAAUGCUUUCAAACACGAAAUGGGCUCUGAUCAGCAUCACCAGGUAUCUAACGAGCUAAUGGGAGCGCUGCAUCACAUGAACGGCAAAGACCCUCCCGGCGACCAUGAAGGCUCUGAAACGGCCAAAUUACAGCAGAUGGUGGAUGGGCUGGAGAAGAGGACCAAUGACCCAAAUGAGUGCUACAUCUGCCACCGAGUGCUCAGCUGCCAAAGCUCCCUGAAGAUGCAUUACCGUACACACACGGGUGAGCGGCCCUACAAGUGUAAGAUCUGCGGCCGUGCCUUCUCCACCAAGGGCAACCUCAAAGCUCAUUACAGUGUCCAUCGGGCCAACACACCCCUCAAGAUGCAACACUCCUGCCCCAUCUGCCAGAAGAAGUUCACCAAUGCUGUGGUUCUCCAGCAGCACAUACGCAUGCACAUGGGAGGCCAGAUCCCCAACACCCCCAUGCCAGAGACUCAGUUAGAGGCCUCUGAAGAAAUUAACUCCCCUCUGCCCGACGAGAAGUCCAUGGACUUCAACGGCUUUGAGAGCAUGGAAGACCAAUACACAGAGCUUGACUCUCAGGAGAAGCCAAGCAAAACCUCAGAUUCUCUCCCACCAUCUGUGUCUGAGGAACCGCACCAACCCCAUCAGGCCCCUCCAUCCUCUGUGUUCUCCAGCAUAGCGGCACUGGAGAACCACAUGAAGAACCUCACCUCAUCUCUCAAACUGCAGCCCCAAAGCAGCACCGCUUCAGAGAGCGAUGGAGUGCCCCCCAAAGAGUUCACCUCAGCCUCCGAGAGCCUCCGGGAGCAAGAGUACCAGAGCGGCCGCAGCCCCACCGUCUCAGACCCUGUCUCCUUCCACUCCUCAUCCCCAGUCAACAGCCAUGUGGGAAGCAGCAAGUCAAAGUCCCCUGAGUUAGCCUUCCCUGAGGAUUACACUCGGAACAGGCCUAGACCAGACUCUAGACCAGACUCUGACAGCGGCUCUCAGGAUGCCAGUGAGUCCAAUGGCGCUCUGGACCUGACGGCAUCCAGCUUCACCCCAAAAAACAUAAAAGAAGAGCCUGGCCUGUACUUCACUAAUGGAGAGUAUGCUCCCAGCCAUUUGCCUCCUUUCCUGAGGGUGCCCUCCAGUCUGGUCCAAUUGGAGAUGCAAAUUCCCCCAGAGAGCUCCAUGGGCAUGAGCUCUCUAUUUGGCUCCCAGAUGCAGGGAGCAGGAGGGCAGCCAAGGGACAGCUCAAGUGCUCCCCGUAGAUCCAGCAAGCAGCACCUGUGUAACUCCUGUGGCAAAAACUUCUCCUCUGCCAGUGCCCUGCAGAUCCAUGAGAGGACCCACACUGGAGAGAAGCCCUUCGGCUGCACCGUCUGUGGCAGGGCCUUCACCACUAGAGGCAACCUAAAGGUGCAUGUUACAACUCACAUGUGGAACAGCUCUGUGAGGCGUGGCCAGCGCCUCUCUCUGGACAACCCCAUGGCCCUGAUGGCCAUGAGCUCAGAGUCUGGCAACAUAAUGCCACCUCCCAAGGAACUGGAUCCUCAGCCAAUGAACUUCGACCAGUCUCUGUGGAACCAGUAUGCUGCUGCUUUCACCAACGGCUUGUCCAUGAAGACUAACGAGAUCUCUGUGAUCCAAAAUGGUGGUAUGCCUGGUAGCCUGGCCGGUGGUUCUGUGUUCAACUCGACUGGAGGCCUGAUGGAAAUGGAUGGGUCCCACUCUGGCCUGCCUGCCACCAUGGCAGAGAUUGAGAAGAAUGGCUCAGAGAGUGUGGCCAAAUCUCAGUUCCCACAUUUCAUGGAGGAAGGGAAAAUUGCAGUGAACUAGUUUUGAAAUGGGAGAAGGCAGUUUUAUCGGUGUUGCUUAGUUGUUGUUUUUUCAUUGAUUGUGUGCAGAUUUUUGAAUCUUCAUAGUAGCAAUGUUGGCUAGAGUUUGCCACUAGGUCCAGGUACAAUAAACAUGAGCUAUUCUAACACUUUUAGGAGAGAGUUCUUAACCCUCGCUGAAGAUUUCUGGUUUUUGCAAAGCCUAUUUGAAACUCUCAGUAAAUUUAAACGAUGCAGCUCUUCACUAACCUGUCAUUUGAACAAUUCAUCCCUUAAGUGUUGUAUUUAGUUGAACUAGAUAUAACUACUAUAGUUUUAUUUACUGUUUUAUUUUUUUCUCUAUAUGCGGGUAUUUCUGUGCGUGACCUUUUUUAGUUUUGUAUCCAGAAGUUGAAUGUCUGGUUUACCUGAAACUGCUUUGAUUCAUACUGUCUCCCUCCCCGAUGGAAGAACCUGUACUUGGAAUGAUUUUGUCUAGUGUUAGAAAAUAUUCAGUUUGACUGUGUACACCAUUGUUUUAGUGCCGAUAAACAAGUAGUUAUUCUGAUUCCUCUGCACAGUACAUAACUAUUUGGCACUCCUAUUGUGUGCAAUACAUUUUAGGAAGUUUAUGUAAUGGCGAACAAUUUAUCCCGAUGUUUGAGGGAAUCUUUUGGAGAUGCUCUGAGGUGGUCUACUGAGAGUUCUGUCAGGUGUCAUGUACUUUUGUUUGAUCCAGAUAGGCCUACUGAUUUGCUCAGUUGUCCAUUUUGGAGGUUAAUACUUUUUCCAGAUACGUUACAUAUGUUGAGACAGUCAUUUCUUUGCCUUUCCCUCUAAAACUGAAAAACCUCAUGCCAAGUGCCUAGCUAGAAUUGGAAUUGUUGCUCUAUUGUCUUAUUUUUUUAAGCACCACAAGAUUGUAAUGGUUACUUUUGACUGAUACUGUUUGUCCAUGUAGCAUAUAGUGCUCCCCCCACUCAUAUUUACAAAGAUCUGUUCAUUAUUGUUUAAUUUUUGCUUCCAUUAACCUUUGUCGACCAGCAGAGCUUCUGCGUCUUUCGGUGGGUUGUUUUCUGAAGGAUAUGGGUGUGUUUUAAAUGACACGGUAUUCCCUAGUGCACUACUUUUGCCCUGGCUGAAGGUAGUGCACCAUAUGUGUAUAUGAUGCAAUUUGGGGGGCAACCAUAUAAAGCAGAAUUCUCUCAAUCAUGCCUGCACUUUAAAUUUCUUCACAUUUUGUUAAGCUUAUAAUUUUGAUGGCUACAUUUCAAAACCAUCCAGCUUGACUUUGUUUACCUUGGUGGUCAUAUUAGAGAGGGCACAUCACUGAUUUGUCAUCUUUUCUUACUUUGAGGACUUGGAAAUGUUGACUUUGGAAUUUGACUCAAUAUUCCACUCAAUUGCCAACCUUGUUAAGUGACAUAUUUCAAUACUUCUCUCCAUUGAUUGAAUGUGCAAAUCUACUAUACAUUAUUUUGUCAACCGUUGAAUCUUAAACUUUUUGUUAAUUUAUAUCACGUGUCAUGUCAGAGCGUUUGGGGGUUACUCUCUACCUCAUUUAGAUAUUUGUUUUUCCUCCACCUACCUUCAAAGGUAUAUUCGCUCUGAUACAUUCUGGGUAAGCAAAGAUAUGCUUUCAUUCCUCAUCUACUGAGUUGUAAUGAAUGUAUCACUGGACUCUUUGCACAACUCAAUGCGCAGAUGAACUCUAGAAUACUUUUGUACAUUCCCCAUUAAAAUGCAUUUACCAAGUUGUGCCUUUGUUUAAAAGAAAUCGAAUCAUGUCAGAUCUGCUAUGAGGUUGUCUCUACAAUUGAAGAAACGUUGAGCCUGUUUAGGCUUGUUUACAAUGUAAAUGUCUUCUGUCCUUCCAGUUUCCUUGUCACCUAAAUGUUACUUUCUGGUCUUGUGAAAAUAAAAAUCAGGGUGACUUUUCCAA